AUGGACCACCUCCCGGAGCCUCUCCAAUCCAUCCUCACCAACGCCACAUACACCUAUCUCCGCUCCAGCGCCCACUCGCAUAUCGCAACCCAACUCUCCACCCUUCGCGAAACCAUCAUCGAACCGUACAUACUCAGUCCAUUCUCCCAAUUCCUCGCGGCCACACUCGGCCUCUCCGCCAUGCCAGAUCUCAUGACGAGUCUCAUGCUUGCGGGCCUCUUGGUGGUCUCUCUGGUGAUUCUCGAUUAUAUUCGCCGGCUGGUGAUCUGGUGGGUGAUGUGGUGGGUGCGGUUUCUUGUGCGGUUGGUGUUCUGGGGAUCCGUCGUAUUUGUGGGAUUCUAUGUGUAUAAUUUCGGGUUGGAGCAGACAGUCCAGGAUGCGGGCCGGUUGGGUGGAUUUGCGAUGGGAUUUGCCGAGCAAGUUUGGCUUAUGGUCGAGGGCGCAAAUGGGGGGAGGGCAAGUGGUGGUAACUCUGCCGGUUGGAAUAUCAAAACACAGGAGCGUGGUGCCAAUGGCAGGUGGUGGUAG